AUGGCGAUGUGCCACGCGGAGGGAAACCGCCACGUCUCGCUGGCACAGGUUUUGGCAGGCAGCUCGGGCAAAGGCUCCAAAAGGCGUUUUAUCUCCCAGCGCUGCUCUCUAGACUUUUUAGAAGACAUAGUGGAAUAUGCCAGUGUACGAAGAACCAAGCAUAUAUCUGGGUCUCCAAGACACAAAAAUUUGAAGAAGAUGCACUUCAUCAAGAACAUGAGGCAGUAUGACACCAAGAACAGCAGGAUAGUGUUAAUCUGUGCUAAACGAACACUGUGUGUGGCUUUUUCUAUCCUACCUUACGGGGAGAGUUUACGGAUCAGUGAUCUAAAAAUGGAAGGACAGAAGCAGCGACAUCCUUCUGGGGGAGUUUCAGUCUCCACUGAGAUGGUGCUUGGACUUGAAGGAGUAGAGCUGGGUGCUGAUGGCAAGGUUGUGUCCUAUGCAAAAUUCUUGUACCCGACCAAUGCCCUAGUUGUUCGCAAAGCCGACAGCCAUAGUGCUGUUCCCUUGUGUCGAGCUAGUGCUUCACGGAGUCUUCCCGGAUCAAGAUAUAAACCUGUGACAUCAAAAACUAUACCAGCAGGAACAGAGAUGGGAAGUGAAGCAGGGGAAACUGCAGAGUAUGAUCCAAAUCUUCUGGAUGAUCCUCAAUGGCCCUGUGGAAAACAUAAACGUGUUCUCAUCUUUGCCUCCUACAUGACUACAGUCAUAGAAUAUGUGAAACCCUCGGACCUUAAAAAGGAUAUGAAUGAAACCUUUAGAGAGAAGUUUCCUCAUAUCAAGUUGACACUGAGCAAAAUUAGGAGUUUAAAGAGAGAGAUGCGGAACCUCAGUGAAGAGUGCAGUCUGGAGCCGGUUACUGUCUCCAUGGCUUACGUUUACUUUGAGAAGCUCGUCCUCCAAGGCAAACUCAACAAACAGAACCGCAAACUGUGUGCUGGUGCUUGCGUUCUGCUUGCAGCCAAGAUCAGCAGUGAUCUCAGGAAACAUGAAGUUAAACACCUUAUAGAUAAACUAGAAGAGAGAUUCAGAUUCAACAGAAGAGAUCUCAUCGGGUUUGAAUUCACCGUCCUUGUAGCUUUGGAACUGGCUCUCUAUCUUCCUGAAAACCAAGUUUUACCUCAUUACAGACGGCUCACACAACAGUCUUAACCAAAGCUGCGUUCCAGCUGACAGCCAGUGGCGCUGGGAAUUGCAACACCGAACGCUGCUGCCGGAGUUGCCGCUGGCCUUUCCGUGCCGCUGUGUGCGUCCUGCCACAGCUACAGCUAGUCUUGAAGUCUGCAGUGGGGUGUUGAACUGUCGAGCUGUGUGUUACGGACACGUAUGCCGAGUCUGGGGAAUGGUACGAGAAGAGUUAUUGAACUUUAUUUUCUUUUGGACAUUUAAAGCACAAAUAUUCACCAGUCAGCUGUCAUGGCUGCUUAUUAUUCCUUAUUUAUCUUCUUGGUUUUACUAAAACUGUUCUUCCCUGUGAAGAAUACUAUGGUAUUUUUUUGUUUUGGGAUGUUUGGUUUUUUUUUUUUUUUAAGCCUUUACUGUAUUCCUUGAAACUA